AUGAGAUAUUUUAUUGAUUUUUGCAAAGAAUUGGUUGAAGAAAGAAGAAGACACAAAGACAAUAGUGCACGUAAAGAUCUGUUGCAACUGAUGUUGGAUGCUCAACUUGAAGGCCAUGAAAAGUUGGACAAGAAAACUGAACAAGAACUCAAACUGGAAAAUGUAACAGACUGGAGAACAAAAAGAGGUCUUACAGACGUGGAAAUCAUUGCUCAGUGUAUGAUUUUCUUUCUGGCUGGUUUUGACACCACAGCAACCACUCUGUCCUUCUUUGCACACUCCAUAGCAACGAACCCGGAUGUCCAGGAGAAACUUUAUCAAGAAAUAAAAGAAAAACUUGAACAGGAAUCUCCAAAUUAUGAUAAUGUACAGAAGCUGACUUACCUUGACAUGUGUCUGGAUGAAACAUUGAGAAUGUAUCCAAUUGGUUUUCUGUUAUCAAGAGAAUCUAAGGAAGAUUGUAUCAUAAAAGGACUGAAAAUUUCAAAGAAUACAGGAGUCUUAAUUUCUACAAUGACAUUACAUUAUGAUCCCAGAUAUUGGCCCGAACCUGAAAAAUUUGACCCUGAACGCUUCAGUGAGGAAAACAAGGCCAAACAAAUACCCUUCACUUAUCUUCCUUUUGGUGGUGGGCCACGAAUCUGUGCUGGAAUGCGAUUGGCUCAACUUGAAUUCAAGAUGGCUGUUGUACAAAUGCUGAGGAAAUUCCGUCUUGUUUCUUGUGACAAAACUGAAAAGAAAAUUGAAUUUGCAAAAGCAGGGCUGCUUAAGCCGAAAAAUGGAGUCUGGAUUAAAAUUGAACACCGUUGA